AUGUUGUUUUGUUGUGGCGAUCAGCUGGAUGUGGCAUCGCUGUCCGGUCUGAGCCAGCAGCGGGACGCAGCGGGACGCAGCCCCGGCUCUGCCUGCACACCAGCCCCGGCUCUGCCUGCACACCAGCCCCGGCUCUGCCUGCACACCAGCCCCGGCUCUGCCUGCACACCAGCCCCGGCUCUGCCUGCACACCAGCGCCGACGUGGAGCCGCCGGAGCCGGCGCGUCUCGAUCCAGGAAAUGCGGACUUCUGGCCCUUUCUGCACGGGAUAAGCGGCUGCAGCGGCGCUCGCACACGGGCAGGGCAGGCUGUCACCCUCCAGUCACCCCUCAGUCACCCCUCAGUCACCCUCCAGUCACCCCUCAGUCACCCUCCAGUCACCCCUCCAGUCACCCCUCCAGUCACCCCUCAGUCACCCCUCAGUCACCCUCCAGUCACCCUCCAGUCACCCCUCAGUCACCCCUCAGUCACCCUCCAGUCACCCUCCUGUCACCCCUCAGUCACCCUCCAGUCACCCCUCAGUCACCCCUCAGUCACCCUCCAGUCAUCCCUCAGUCAUCCCUCAGUCACCCCUCAGUCACCCUCAGUCACCCUCCAGUCAUCCCUCCAUCACCCUCCAGUCACCCCUCAGUCACCCCUCAGUCACCCUCAGUCACCCUCAGUCAUCCCUCAGUCACCCUCCAGUCAUCCCUCCAGUCACCCUCCAGUCACCCCUCCAGUCACCCUCCAGUCACCCUCAGUCACCCUCCAGUCAUCCCUCAGUCAUCCCUCAGUCAUCCCUCAGUCACCCUCAGUCACCCUCCAGUCAUCCCUCCAGUCACCCUCCAGUCACCCUCCAUCACCCUCCAGUCACCCCUCAGUCACCCUCUAGUCACCCUCCAGUCACCCUCCAGUCACCCUCCAGUCACCCCUCAGUCACCCUCUAGUCACCCUCCAGUCACCCUCCAGUCACCCUCCAGUCACCCUCCAGUCAUCCCUCAGUCACCCCUCAGUCACCCUCAGUCAUCCCUCAGUCACCCCUCAGUCACCCUCAGUCACCCUCAGUCAUCCCUCAGUCACCCCUCAGUCACCCCUCAGUCACCCUCAGUCAUCCCUCAGUCACCCUCAGUCACCCUCAGUCACCCUCAGUCACCCUCAGUCAUCCCUCAGUCACCCUCCAAUCACCCUCCAGUCAUCCCUCAGUCACCCCUCAGUCACCCUCAGUCAUCCCUCAGUCACCCCUCAGUCACCCUCCAGUCACCCUCCAGUCACCCCUCUAUUCACCCCUCAGUCACCCCUCAGUCACCCUCAGUCAUCCCUCAGUCACCCUCAGUCACCCUCAGUCACCCUCAGUCACCCUCAGUCAUCCCUCAGUCACCCUCAGUCAUCCCUCAGUCACCCUCCAAUCACCCUCCAGUCACCCCUCUAUUCACCCCUCAGUCACCCCUCUAUUCACCCCUCAGUCACCCCUCAGUCAUCCCUCAGUCACCCUCAGUCACCCUCAGUCAUCCCUCAGUCACCCUCCAGUCACCCUCCAGUCAUCCCUCAGUCAUCCCUCAGUCACCCCUCAGUCACCCUCAUGCCUGUGAAGCGUCUCUGAGGGGGAAGACCAGACUGCUCUGUCAGAAGCUCGUGAAAGCCCUCUCUGCCGGCUCGUGCCUCGGGGGUAAGGUGAGCCCGGUGCAUCCCGCGCAGAGCCGAGAGGGCAUGAGUGAGGGCUCUGAACCAUCAGCGAUCUGA